ACUUCUUCCCCUCGUCCUGAAGUAUCGUUCGAACGCGUCUUGAGUCAUAAUUUGGUGCUUAUUGUCGAUCAUUACUGCGUAUAGUCCAACGUAGAAAGUGAAAUAUGAGCGUGCGAGACACUGUGGGCGAAUUGACGCAAAUUUGUUUAGAGAUUCGCCGUAGCCUGAAAUCGUCGCACGAUAGAAAGGAACAAGAGAAAUUAAUAUUAAAGCAUAUCAAAACAUUUGCGGGAAAAGGGUUGCGAGUCGCCGAUUUCAAAACAGGAUUAGAAUGGUUCAACGUCACAGAGGGAUUAUCUGUGUAUCAACAUCUUGCUGGAAAGAUAAUUUUUUUGGAUUUCUUUUCCUACUGUUGCAUCAAUUGUAUGCACAUUUUACCAGAUUUAGAUGCUCUUGAAAAGCAGUUUCCGGUCACAGAUGGUCUGGUUGUUAUCGGUGUACAUAGUGCAAAGUUUACAAACGAACGCGAUUCGAAGAGAUUGUUAUCGGCUGUACAAAGGUAUAAUAUAGAGCAUCCAGUUGUAAAUGAUACAACAUUAUCAACAUGGCGAAAUUUAGGAAUCUCUUGUUGGCCAACGAUAAUAAUGAUAGGUCCUUCGGGCGAACCAUUGGCUGUUUUCGUAGGAGAAGGACACAGAAAAGAAAUGCUCCUAUACGCGAAUGUAGCAUUAACUUACUUUAAAUCGUUAAAACAAAUAUCAAAGAAAGAUCUCCCUUUACAGUUGGCAAGGCAUUUAUUGCCCACAGGUGGGAAAGAGAAUCUUUUGUUUCCUGGCAAGGUAGAGGUUUUUCAGAGCGAACAAGGAGAAAGUCUGAUGAUAUCCGACACCGGAAACAAUAGAAUCUUGGUGACAGAUGUUACAGGGAACGUGAAGUAUAUCAUAGGCAGUUCUAAUUCGGGUUUCAGAGACGGAGAUUUCGAAAAUGCUAUGUUCAAUGCACCUCAGGGUGUGUGCGUGUUAGGCGAUUUUAUUUACGUUGCCGAUAACGAGAACCACGCGAUUAGAAAGAUAGAUUUAAUAAAGAAAACUGUAAUCACGGUCGCUGGUACGGGUUCUCAGGACAACGACUAUGUCGGCGGUAAACUUGGGAAGGAUCAGGGCUUGUCUUCUCCAUGGGAUGUAGCUAUUUACAACUACGAGAAUGGUAAAAGUACCAUACCCGUAUUGUUGAUCGCGGUCGCCGGUACGCAUCAGAUUUGGGCGCUUUUCUUGGAGGACACCGUUUGGUGGAAGAACAGAACGUACAAAGCUGGUACAUGUGCUGCCAUUGUCGGAAGCGGCAAGGAGGAGAAUCGCAAUAACUCGUAUCCUCACACGGCUGGUUUGGCACAACCGUCUGGUUUGGUUGUCGCUCAGGAGAACAAGCUUGCCUUUUUCGCAGACAGCGAGAGCAGCGCUGUCAGAUGCAUAGACUUGAAAAACGGACAAGUUUCUGCUGUUUGUGGCGCAAAUAAAAAUCCAUCGGAUCUACACGAUUACGGGGAUUCCGAUGGUGCUCGAUUUACCGUUAAACUUCAACAUCCUUUGGGAUUAACGUGGCAUCCGAAAGAAAAGGUUGUCUAUUUAACCGAUACGUAUAAUCACAAGAUUAAACGAAUCGACGGGACGACUGACCAUUGUAAAACCGUGUACGGGGACGGAAAACCUAAUAAACAAUUUUUAUUCGAUGAACCCAGUGGCAUCGCUGUUGGUUCAAACGGAGAUCUCCUGUUCGUGGCUGACACUAAUAAUCAUGCCAUCAAGGUUAUCGAUACGAAGAAUGAAAGCAUUUCCACGUUGUCCAUAAAAGUCCCCGUAAUCGAAUUGGACGACAGCACGAACAACGUUUAUUUCUUUGAUACGACCAUCAGCGAAAAUGGCGGCGAAUUGAACGUUACGUUCGUCGUAACUUUUCACGACAGCGACUUGAAAUUGAACCCGGACGCGCCUCAAUCGUGGACCAUGAGUUUACCAUCAACGGGGAAAUGGACGACGAAGUCGAGGUCCGGGGAUCUUUCGAGUCCAGUGUCGAUGAAUGUUUCCGAAGGAAGCGGAACGCACGAGGUACACGUGAUUUUGGAUAUCAUAGCUUGUAAAACUACCGAGUGUAUACCAAAGAAAUUGUCCGUGAUAUAUCGCGUGCACCAAAAGGCGAAUGCUUCGGGCGUUGUAACGGAACAAAAAAGCCUCGUUAUUAAAUAAUAAAUGUUUUCUAAUUCCAUUAUCACGUUCUUAACAUUUUUAACUUUCUAUUUUACGAACUAAUUAAAAUCACAAUUUACGUAUCGUGACCAAAAUUGUCAGAGAAAUGAGAAAGUACCAAAUGUUCGUUUUAAACGGAAAAAAUAUAGUUGCGGCGGCGUAACGUUUUCUUUAAGUAUUGUGGAUUUUCGUUGACGAUUAGAGUGUUUUUCCACACUGACAAUAACUCCUCAGUUUGUCUUCUUUCUUGAUACGAUCGUCUCGUUGAAAGGUAGUCAAUCUUUAGUGGAGAGUGAAAAAGAAAACGAUGCAAAUAAAGUUACAAAAUUAUUCAAUAUUUGAGCCGUUCGUUAUGAAUGGAACAAUAUUGAUAAAUGCUUUUGGUGAUCGACGAUAUUAUAAAAUAUUUAAAUAAUAUAAACGUCGUCCGAAGAAACAUAUGGUUUUACGAGAUUACAAAUGGACACCAUUUCUAUAAUUAUCGAAUUUAAAAAGUCUGUGGACUUGCACAAAUGUUCGCUCUAAGCAUUGAAACGGGAGUGGAACUUGUGCCUUCCGAGUAGCAAAUGUUUUUACAAACACGAAAUUAUAUAUUUUCUAUCGAAACGAAAUGAUCUUUGUACCGUGUGUGAAAAUAGUAAAAGAAUGUUGAGUGCAUAGUAUAAAUCGGACAAAUGACUUUUCUCAGUAUGUUUAAGCGACUUAUUGUAUCAACAUUAAAUUAACUGAAACAGUGUAU